AAUCGAUUGAAAGGGUUGCUUGAUUGUUUGAUUUCUCCCCUUCAGUCAGCUUUUGUGCCCGGCAGGAUGAUACAGGACAACAUCCUUGUUGCUCAUGAAGCAUUCCAUUCUCUCAAGCUCAGACGCAAUAAAGGGUGUCCUUACAUGGCUGUCAAACUUGAUAUUCGCAAAGCUUAUGAUAGUUGGAUCAUGCAAUGUGUAACUACUGUUUCUUGUUCUCUUAUUGUGAAUGGCAAAUCCAUGCCUUUGUUUUAUCCAAAAAGGGGGCUACGCCAAGGCGACCCACUUUUACCUUAUCUCUACUUAUUUGUCUCUGAUGUUUUAUCUCGCAUGUUUAAUGAAGCUGAAAGGCAGAGGUACAUUUCCGGCUUUCAAAUCAAAAGGGGAUGUCCGAAAAUAUCUCAUCUACUCUUUGCUGAUGGUACCCUUGUCUUUGGGAAGGCAACAUACCAAGAAGCUGUUCAGAUUUUGGAGAUUUUGAGGCAAUAUGCUGUUGCAUCGGGCCAGCAGGUUAAUUUCUCUAAAUCUGCUAUUAUAUUUAGCAAUAAUACCCCCUUUUGUAGAAGGACAGAGAUUUGUGCCCAGUUCGCAAUCAGAAGCGAUUCUUCAGUCUCCAAGUAUUUAGGCCUACCAACAUCAUGGGGUAGGUCAAAGCAAGCUAGUUUACAAUAUCUGGUAGAUAAAGUAACAGCUAGGUUGCAAGGAUGGAAAAGAGCCCUGCUUUCGCAAGCUGGUCGUGAAGUACUAAUUAAGGCAGUUGUGUUAGCCAUGCCUUCCUAUGCUAUGGCUUGCUUUAAGUUUUCGGUACGAAUUUGCUCUCUCAUCAAUAAAGAGAUUAGAGCAUUUUGGUGGGGUCAACAAGAACAAGAGAAGAGAAUUAGUUGGAUCCCCUGGACUAAAAUGGUCACUAGUAAAUGGCACGGAGGGUUGGGAUUUAAGGAUUUAGAGUGCUUUAAUUUGGCCCUUCUUGCCCGACAAGCAUGGAGAUUAAUUAAUCACCCAAAUGCUUUGUGGGCACAAGUCUUGAAAGCUAUCUAUUUUCCAGAUGUGGACUUUGUUAAUGCUCAGGAGGGAAGUAAUCCAUCUUGGGCAUGGAAAAGCCUACUUAAAGGAAGAAACUUGCUUCAGCAUGGAUUACGAUGGAAUAUUGGAUCAGGGGAGUCGGUUAAUGUGUGGUCUGAUGCAUGGGUUCCUAUGCUCCCAUCCUUUCGCAUUUUAUCUCCUGUUCCUCCUGAUAAGGAGAAUUUGAAAGUGAGUAACUUGGUGUCCGCGCGUGGAACUUGGGAUACUAGGAAAUUAAAUGCUUUAUUUCAACCAUAUGAAGUGAAUGGAAUUCUUAAGAUCCCUUUGGCAGCUUCAUGUGAUACUAUUGUGUGGCAUUACACUAAGAGUGGGGAUUUCUCUGUUAAAACUGCUUACUUUGUUGCUGCCUCUCUUUCCAUGGCUACACAGCCAUCUGCUUCUAGGCCUUCAGCCUUUUGGAAGAGCAUUUGGAAGUUAAGAGUUCCUCCUAAGGUUCAGCUAUUCAUAUGGCGAACUUGUCACAAUGCUCUCCCUUCUCAAGUAAACUUAUAUCGUAGAGGAGUUGUGGAGUCUCCUCUUUGCUCUAGUUGCCAGGCUAAGGACGAAAACAUCCCCCAUUUGUUGUUUUUCUGCCCUCAUGCAAAAGCCUCCUGGUUUAUUUCUAAUCUGGGUUUUAUACCAGAUGAAAAUUCACUUUCUGACUUUGGCGAUUGGUGGGCACUGCUUUGCAGCAACUUUAAAAAUGAUGAAAGGCUUAUUUUGGAAAGAGUGGCCACUUUGUGUUGGCAAAUUUGGUGUGCCCGAAAUAAGAGAAUUUUCGAGCAAAGUCAAGAAAGCCCCACUCAAACAGUUUAUAAAGCUAGUGUAUUAUUGCAAGAAUUCCUCUCCGCAAAAGAGCAUGACAGGCUGCAAAUACCAUCCUUAGCUGGAUUGAGAUUAUCAUCUGAUAUAAAAUGGCAAAAACCUUCAGUUGGAUGGUAUAAAUUUAAUUGUGACACUGUUUUUGAUCCACAUAGUCAUCGAGCUGCCAUUGCAGUGGUUUGUCGUAAUGAGCUUGGUCAAUUAAUCUCAGGGUGCUCAUUUGUGAGGCUCGUUUUAUCUCCUGCUGUUGGGGAAGCCUGUGCCUUGCUUUUUGCAAUUUGCUUUGCUCAAUCCUUGAAUAUUAGUCAUGCUGUUUUUGAGCUGCAAAUACCAUCCUUAGCUGGAUUGAGAUUAUCAUCUGAUAUAAAAUGGCAAAAACCUUCAGUUGGAUGGUAUAAAUUUAAUUGUGACACUGCUUUUGAUCCACAUAGUCAUCGAGCUGCCAUUGCGGUGGUUUGUCGUAAUGAGCUUGGUCAAUUAAUCUCAGGGUGCUCAUUUGUGAGGCUUGUUUUAUCUCCUGCUGUUGGGGAAGCCUGUGCCUUGAGAAUUUAACUAACUGUAGUGUUGUUCUUGAUCUAUGGGGUUAUUUAAGUUGUAAUCAAUGCAUGCUCAAUGA